AUGGCAGAUGCACAUCAACCUUCCAAUCCCCAGUCGAAAGGUGAUCCGGAUCGACACUCCACCGAGAUCCACCACCUUUACUUCGAAGACAACGAUAGCUUCUUCCCUCCCAGUUGGCUGGGGAAAGAUGGGCCCCGCAGACCCUCCACCGAGAGCACAGACACAGAUACUUCCCAGGGCGUGGACUCCACGGAGAGAGAUAGUGGGAGAUCCGAACAGAGCUGGUAG